UGUCCCUCUUUCGAGCCCUGAGAGCUGCAAUCACAGUCGCAGCAGCUCCUGCCACACCGCGGCCACACCACUCCAGCGACAGUCAUGAGGCCGGCACUCCUCCCCCGUCAGCCCCUCACAGAGCGGCCCACGUGCGUCCCCAGGCGCCUGAAUCACUGCUGACGGCUUGGGGCCUGGUGGCCGUGGGCUCCUGGGGAGCCACUGGGGAGGGGGUGGUGGCCACGUCACCUCGGAGGAAACACCUGCGGCCAUAAAUAGGCAGCAGCGAAGGCAGCACAGCACAGCCUGCCGAGCAGCACCACACGCUGUGCCCACCUGCGCCAGGAUGCCCGAGGCCAUGCUGCCCGCCUGCUUCCUCGGCCUGCUGGCCGUCACCUCUGCCUGCUACUUCCAGAACUGCCCGAGGGGCGGCAAGAGGGCCAUGUCGGACCUGGAGCUGAGACAGUGCCUCCCCUGCGGCCCCGGGGGCAAGGGGCGCUGCUUCGGGCCCAGCAUCUGCUGCGGGGAGGAGCUGGGCUGCUUCGUGGGCACCGCCGAGGCGCUGCGCUGCCGGGAGGAGACCUACCUGCCGUCGCCCUGCCAGUCGGGCCAGAGGCCCUGCGGGAGCGGGGGCCGCUGCGCCGCCGACGGCAUCUGCUGCGACGAAGAGAGCUGCGUGACGGAGCCCGAGUGCCGGGAGGGCGCCGGCCUCCCCCGCCGCGCCCGCGCCAACGAGCGGAGCAACGCGACCCAGCUGGACGGCCCGGCCGGGGCCCUGCUGCUGCGGCUGGUGCAGCUGGCGGGGGCGCCCGAGCCCGCCCCGCCCGGCGUCUACUGAGCCCCGCGCCCUCCCGCCCGCCCUCGGAGCACGAAAAAUAAACCUUUUAAAUGCA